CGCACGGCCCACGCCGCCCCAAAGUCCUCCCCGUGCCCCGCCGUCCCCCGCUUCCAGAACCCUAGCUCCUCCUCGUCGAUGAUGCCGGGCAUGCCGGCUGCCAACGGUGGUGCCAUCGUCCCGUUCUCAGGGGAGCCACACCAUGCGGCGUCGGUACCACACGUGCGGCCCAUCCGCCACGGCGUAGCGCCGCCCAUCUUCCGCGUCUACGUUUCCUGGUCAAGCGGCAACCUCCUGCAGGUAGCCUGUCUCCGACAGCCGAGUCCGGAGGACGGCGGAGGCAGCGGCUCGGAGGAGGUCGCCGGGAGAGUGGUGGAAGUGAACCUUGGCGUUGGCAAUGGCAGCGCGGAGGUCGAGAAGGAGGUCGAUGAGGCAGAGAUGCGGCGGAUCGAGUACGGUUCAGUACCGGCCUUCGCGCUGCUGCAGAGCAGGAAGAACGCCCUUGCAGGUACUGCUGCAAUGUCCCACAUGCAAGCAGUCCCAGAGCACGCUGAAUGGUGGCAAUAUGUGCUCGAAUACAGCAAAACCAUCGGUUAUCUCCUUGGGAACCCAGAUUCUCUUCCUGCUCCCAUGAUCGAAGAUGCAAGGGCUAUUCUUAAGGUUAAAGAAAAGCCUACUAGUUUAAAAGCUGCCUGGGAAUUGUUGGAGAUAUUCUAUGUCGAUAAACAGUUGCACAGCUGGCUGCCUGAGCGGCUUGUUGAUUGGUUAGCCGAUUACGAUAGCCUCUUGACCAAGACUGAUGGUACGGUGUAUUGCAAGCUUAGCAAUUUCCAGAAAAAGCUCAUCAACCUGCAGAUUGUUGAAAAUGAUCCUGAUUACUGGAAUGGAUUAUCAGCAGCACUUUCAGUUGGAUGGCUUGACGUUGUGGUGAAUAUGCUACGUUUUCAUGGAUCGUACCAAUUGGAUCAGAUGGAUAACCGUGAGACAGAAAACGGAUUAGUUGAGGCUGUUGCUGUUCUUGUCUCAACCAUGCCGCGCAUGAGACCAGAUUUGCCAACGGGUAAAUUAGGCCAGUGCUGUAAAACAAGACCUGAUUUUAUCAAGGCCUGGGAAAAAUGGCGAGGUCAAGUAAGUAAACUGGAGUGCAGUGCAUUUUGGAUUCAGUGUGGUCACCAAAAAACUCGUGAUGGUUUGAAGAAUCUGCUUCACAUCAUGAUGGGGAAUAUAAAGGACGUCACUGCAGCUACUUCCCACUGGCUGGAGCUAUUCACUUCUCAUGUUCUUUACAUAAGGCCAUUUACGGUGGGUUUCGAAGGUAUGCAUCACUUGGCACAGAAAUGCAUACAGCUUAAGCCGUCUUUCGACAAUAAUGGAUUAACAGGCCUCCUUACUGGUAUCCUUUCAGAAAACCCAGAGGUUGUCUUGGCAGAGUGCACAAAGAAAUUUGGACCAUGGAUGGUCACACAUGCUAUGGAGCUGUUGGCAGCUGAUAAUGACUACGCAGAUAUUAUGUUGCAUGAAGAGCGGCCUAAUUUUGGUGGUAUGAGCAUAGAGGAACUGCACCGGCUUGUCUAUGCUCAAGUUUUGUGUUCUCAUUCUUUAACUUGGCAAAUUGCACCGACUUAUCUGUCCUCAUGUCUAAACCAAGGCCUAGGGCUCUUGGAAAUUCUACUUCUCAAGCAACCCAUACAAGAUAACCGUCUAGUACUGAAGACUUUGGAGCUUUGCCGUUUGUAUGAGCUGGAGAAUGUCAGUACAAACAUCAUGAAGAUUGCAGGUAUUUUUCAUUGGAAGCAUGGUAGAAAAGGGACAGGUGUUUACUGGUUCCAGCAAGCUCAUGAUAAAGUACGACUUGAUAGAAUUGCUCAACAGUUAUUUGAACGCAUUGGGGAGUCGGUCGCAGCUGAUAAUUUUAAGCAAUGGGAAGGGUUGCUUGAGUUACUAGGUUCUGACAUUGGUAGUGCCGGUGGUCUUGAGUUCCUUCACAGGUACCGAGAUUUCAAAAGAUCCCUUCAGCAGGCGCUAGAAGGGAGGACUGCUGAGGCUGCUCGGCAGACCGUGGAGUUUCUUAUACAGUUAAUGAGAAACCCUUCUACACCACAGCGUUUCUGGCUGCCUCUUCUACAUGACUCGGUGAUGCUACUUAACUGCAAACCCCGCCCGCUGUUGAAUGUUGCUGAAACGACCUUGUUGUUGAACAAACUACAAGAAGUGUCAAUGGCCAAGCUGCGCCCUGACUAUUGCAGCAAUCAGCUAACAAGCCAUGCACUGAACUCCGUCAGAUUGGCUCUGGCAUCGAAUCUCGCCUGCGCCAUUCUUGAAGAACCUUGAAUUCUGAUCAUCUUUAGUGGAGUAUCAGAUCCAGUUUGCUGGAUGCGGGGAGUGUUGUUCUCUCGGCGUUGCUUGGCAGUUAAAUUGUCAGGCCCUGUAUGUUUCUUGAGAAAAGUGUACGAGAGGUGCGGUGGAGGUAUAUCACUGUAUUUUGUUUUUUUAGCUCUAGUGAUCCCAGCUGUCGUUUUCUCCCCUACAAAGCGAUGCUUGUAAUUGUAUUUUGGGGGCUAAAUUUGUGUUACUAAAAUCUCAGUGUACUCACUGCAUCCAGUGGUCUUCUUGGAAAGAAAUGGAAGUAUUAACGGUUUUCACACUUGGACAA